AUGGGUUCCUAUUACACUUCUCUACGAGAGAAGACACAGCAACACAGCCGAAGAGAAGACACAGCAACACAGCCGAAGAGACAGCAACACAGCCGAAGAGAAGACACAGCAACACAGCGGAAGAGAAGACACAGCAACACAGCAGAAGAGAAGAGACAGCAACACAGCCGAAGAGAAGACACAGCAACACAGCCGAAGAGAAGACACAGCAACACAGCCGAAGAGAAGACACAGCAACACAGCGGAAGAGAAGACACAGCAAACAGCCGAACAGACAGCAACACAGCCGAAGAGAAGAACACAGCAACACAGCCGAAGAGAAGACACAGCAACACAGCCGAAGAGAAGACACAGCAACACAGCCGAAUGAGAAGACACAGCAACACAGCCGAAGAGAAGACACAGCAACACAGCCGAAGAGAAGACACAGCAAACACAGCAGAAGAGAAGACACAGCAACACAGCCGAAGAGAAGAGACAGCAACACAGCCGAAGAGAAGACACAGCAACACAGCCGAAUAA